ACCGCCCUCCCCGCCGCGGCGCUGGAGGAGGGCGGGGCGCGCCCCGGGGUCAGUCCGAGCCUCCGGCACCGGCCGCGCAGCUGGAGGCGGCGCAGCGGAAGGUACCUCGUCUGGCAGCCCUACCAUGGCUGCGAUCCGAAAGAAGCUGGUGAUCGUUGGGGAUGGUGCCUGUGGGAAGACCUGCCUCCUCAUCGUCUUCAGCAAGGACCAGUUUCCAGAGGUCUACGUGCCUACUGUCUUUGAGAACUAUAUUGCGGACAUUGAAGUGGACGGCAAACAGGUGGAGCUGGCUCUGUGGGACACAGCAGGACAGGAAGACUACGAUCGACUGCGGCCUCUCUCCUACCCCGACACUGAUGUCAUCCUCAUGUGCUUCUCCAUUGACAGCCCCGACAGCCUGGAAAACAUUCCAGAGAAGUGGACCCCAGAGGUGAAGCACUUCUGCCCCAACGUGCCCAUCAUCCUAGUGGGGAAUAAGAAGGACCUGAGGCAAGAUGAGCACACCAGGAGAGAGCUGGCCAAGAUGAAGCAGGAGCCUGUUCGGUCUGAGGAAGGCCGAGACAUGGCGAACCGGAUCAGUGCCUUUGGCUACCUUGAGUGCUCAGCCAAGACCAAGGAGGGAGUGCGGGAGGUGUUUGAGAUGGCCACUCGGGCUGGCCUCCAGGUCCGCAAGAACAAGCGCCGGAGGGGCUGUCCCAUUCUCUGAGAUCCCCAAGGCCUCUCCUACAUGCCCCCUCCCUUCACAGGGGUACAGAAAUUACCACCCUACAACCCCAGCCUCCUGAAGGCUCCAUGCCGACGGCUCCCUUCUCAGUUCCCUCCUGCCCAGGACUGCAUUGAAGUUUCCUAGCCCCAAGGUGGUGGCUCGGGCCCUCCCUCCCAGUGCUCUGGGAGUCAGGCGUUGCCCUUCCUCAGGGCCCCUGGGGCGCGUGUCCCCUUUAAUCUUCCCCAAAGGAUGGUCAUACACCAGCACUUUAUACACUUCCGGCUCACAGGAAAGUGUCUGCGGUAGGGGUCCCAAGAGUCCCAGGCCCCUGGAGUUGUUUUCGGUAAGGGCCUCGUCUCUGACUGCAUUUGGUCAGGGGGGCAUGAAUAAAGGCCAUAGGCUCUAACAUGU